AUGCUACAAAGCAACCAACAUCUAUAGGCUAGUGAUUUCCUAGUCUAUUCUGCUCUUUAAAAUUCUAUUAAUGCUUAAGAAUUAGAGAAUAUUAACAGUUUAAAAAGCGCUAGCUUUAGAUACCAAAAAGAACAUCUAGAGUAGAAAGAUAUUGAUAUAAUUUCUUAGGCUUUACUCAACUUUUAGAGCCUUGAAUAUUUGAGCUUCUAGUUAGAAUACAGUGAGAUUCAGUAAAAGGCUAAUUUAAAAUAUAUCUUUAGAUCUAUAAGCAGUAUUAAAUCUAUUAAACACUUAAGACUCUACUUAAUAAAUGUCGAUUUUGAUGAUCUUAUGUGCAUUGAUCUUGCAUAGUGCUUAGGCAAUAUGAUUUAGUUAGAAGAUAUUGACCUUUCUUUACAUAGAAACAAAAUAAGCGAAAAAGGAAUUAAUAGUCUAAUUCAAUCAAUUAAUUAAUUAGAUUCUUUGCAGUCUCUUCAAAUUAAUUUAAAUUAUAACAAACUAAAAGAUGAGGGAUGUAUCGCUUUAGCAAAAGGUUUAAAAUAAAUGAAGAAUCUAUAGCACCUUAGAAUAUAACUCUGGGCUAACUAAAUAGGAAAUGCAGGAUGCUAUGAAUUAGGAAAUAGUUUGAGUGAACUGUUUAACUUAAAGGCUCUAUCUAUUUCUAUGAGUUAAAAUUGGAUAGGCGAUCAAGGCUUAAUUAUGAUUUCAUAGGGUAUUUCUAAAUUACAAAGACUUUGUUGUCUAGAUCUUGAUUUUUCAUACAAUAAAAUUCAAGAUUCUGGUAUUCUAAAAUUAUCUCAUAGCUUAGAGAACUUAAGAGAUAUUUUGCUCUUAAAAAUCAAUUUUAAGUAUAAUCAUUGCUCUAUAAGGUCAGAGUAGUAAUUAUUCCUAAGUUUGAUGAAACCAUCUUCUUUACUAUAAUAUCAGAUUUACAUCGAUGAUGAAGGCAUUUAAGAUCUUAGAAUUGCACUAGAUAAAAAAAUAUAAAUCAAUCAAUUUAUACUCUCACGUCAAAUAUUAGUAUUUGAAGCUUACUUUAAGCACGUAGCCCCGUUUUUACCUGGAAUUUUGGUAUCACCUAUUUCAAACCACUGGGAUUUCUUUUUCUGA